AUGAGUGAAGGAUGGGACGAUUUGCCAACCGAACUGUUAUUGAUGAUAAUGUCUUACUUAGAGGCGAAAGAGUUGGCACGCCUUGGUAACGUCAAUUAUCAUUGGAAACGUGUGGGAGAAGAUGAUUCAUUAUGGAAAUAUUUAUUUUUCAAAGAUUUUACGCGAAACAGCCAGACUUAUAGGAAGGUUUGUGAACGUUGGAUCGAUGAAUACAAGCUAUUGAAAUUUGAACCUCCGAUAACUCUAACGGAAAGCUUAAGAGAUUGUCCUGACGGUUUGUCACAUGUUGCAUUUUCUGAUGACGGUCAGCUGUUUUGUACAACAGCUAAUGAUGCUUCUUUCAAAAUAUGGACGGCAACAAGCCCUGUAUAUUUGUUGGAUGAAAGAUACAUGGACGAUGCGCUUGGAUGGGAACGUGCUUUGAGCUCUGAGUUCAGUGCGGACAAUAAACGCCUCCUUGUGGCUGGUGUGAAGUUUGGUGGAAUUGGUGAAAUUGCAAUUUAUUCCGUCGAUGAGGACAGUUCGUCAAUACACUACUUAUGUCGCGUGCUAAAUAAUCCUCCUGAGGUGGGUGCCUGCUGGUACAACAGUUCAUACAUAUUUAGUGGUGAUAUAUAUUUUUUUAAUCGGAACUCUAUUGUGGGCACAUCAGUAUCGCAAAUUUGGAUUUGUUCAUCAUUAUCGCCGGAUGCAGUUGGUAAUGAAUCAGUUAUGAGUCCUGUUUUUCGGAUAUUGAAUCGAGGUGGGACGUAUUGUCAGAUGAUCAAGUUAAGUCGAUUUGUUCCCUCUCGACUCCGAGGUGUUGUAGUCCUUGCAGAAGAAGCUGCAAUUGAACAUAAGACGUUAACUUCGAAGGCAAAUGAACUGGUAAGUGAAGAAUUAAGCGAUAGUGAACGAAGAAACGAAAUGAAAAAGCGAAUUGAAGAAAUUAGUUCUGCUUGGGGGACGGAAUGUUCUAACUGCAAAAAUUGGCAUUUGGUGGAUCAAGAUGACAAUGUUAAUGGUUUACCAAUCACAUAUACAGCAUGUUGUCCAUGUUUUUGCCAUGAAAAUGAUCAUCGAUUGUUAAUUUAUGCAACGGGUGACAAUGAAUUCUCUCCACCGCAUUGUGUCGCUUUCAAAAUAGUUGAUGGGAAUAUGAUUGCUGGAAAAAUAAACCCAGAAACGGAAUCAUGGCCAAAGCGAGAAGAGCGAGCAACAGGUCGUCGUCAUCAACAGCAAGAAUUUGAAGAAGCGCAAUUAUCGGCAAUAAUGUCAAUGGUUGACUUUCCCGAUCACAUUAUCGACAUGAAGGCUUAUAUUAUGGGAAUGACAUUGAGUUUAGACCAGAAGUAUUUGUACGUGAAUGUUACACAUGACAAUUAUGGCGGUAGUUCACAAUUUGCAUAUUUAGCCGAAAUUUGUGUCGUUAAUUUGUCGACAAUGAUAAUAGAGAAGUCAUAUAUUGGUCAUUUUGCUACGUGUAUUGAACGGUUUGGUUGUUCUGUUGGUGGACAUUAUGUUGCGAGUGCCUCGGUUGACGGUGGACGAAUUUGGUCACGUGAAUAUCACUGCGUUAUUGGAGAAUUACCACAUGCUGGAGGAGCUGCAGCGGUUGCACUGAAUCCAGUUGAUGGUACUAUGGCAGUAUCAGUUGGAAAGACCGAUGGUAAAAUUAAAAUUUGGCGAAGUAAAAAAUUUCUCCAUCGUUAUACAGUUCCCAAUGAUUUUAUGUAA